GCGCAGGCGCAGACCGGCGGAUGAAGAUGGUGCUCAUCAAGGAAUAUCGUGUGGUGUUGCCCAUUUCUGUUGAAGAGUAUCAAGUGGGCCAGCUGUACUCCGUUGCCGAGGCCAGCAAGAAUGAGACGGGCGGCGGCGAGGGCAUCGAGGUGCUGAAGAACGAACCCUAUGAGGAGGACGGCGAAAAGGGACAGUUCACACACAAAAUUUACCACCUAAAGAGUAAAGUCCCAGCAUAUGUGAGGAUGCUCGCGCCAGAGUCAGCGUUUGUUUUUCAUGAAAAAGCCUGGAAUGCAUACCCCUACUGUCGCACCGUCGUGACGAACGAAUACAUGAAAGAUGACUUUGAGAUCAAGAUCGAGACGUGGCACAAGCCCGACAUGGGAACAGUAGAAAAUGUGCAUGACCUGGACGAGCAGACGUGGAGAAGCGUGGAGGUGGUUCCCAUAGACAUCGCCAACAAAGAGGAAGUGGCGGCAGGGGACUACAAAGCAGAAGAGGAUCCCUCCCUCUUCCACUCAGUCAAAACCGGAAGAGGCCCCCUCGGCCCUGAGUGGAAGAACGAGCUCAAGACGGAUUGUCCGUACAUGUGCGCAUACAAGCUGGUCUCCGUCAAAUUCCGGUGGUGGGGCUUUCAAACCAGAGUGGAGAACUUCAUCCACAGGCAAGAAAAGCGCAUCUUCACCAAUUUCCACCGCCAGCUGUUCUGCUGGGUGGACAAGUGGGUGGGUCUGACCAUGGAGGACAUCAGGCGCAUGGAGGAGGAGACCCAAAGGGAGUUGGAGGAGCUGCGUAAGACCGGUCCGAUUCGAGGCACCAGUGCUGCUCACGAGCAAUGAGCCAAACCACCCCGACCCUGUCUUGAUGAUGUCAUCGGAGACACGCACCACCUCCACCAACACCACCGCUGCCACCACCAGGAGGAAGUGGCCCUGGUUCCCCGCUGAUGUACAGACCCCUCCCCACUCUGCUCCAACAACAAAACAACAACCUGGUUUUGCAUAUAUAUAAAUAUAUAUACACAUACACAGAGACAAAAAAAAAAAGACGACCUCUUUGCACAGACGUAAUUUGCCUGAUAUGUAAAUGAUACUUGGUGAUUCAGACGGAUGGGCUUUGUUUUUAUUCUUACGUGGAGCCUUUUAAAUUGACCAUUAGGAGACGAAUGUGCUUUUUAGACGUCAAGGUCCUCACCAAAAUCGGGCGACUUGCAAACCCGUCGGACCAUUUUUACGAUGAGCUCCCCCCCAUUGUUGUUAUUCUACGUGUUUUUGUCUGUACUUCAACGCAGUAUUUGUCUCCGCGUUAUCGGAAGGGAGCCCCCACCCCCCCUGCGGAUGGCAACUGCGCGCAUGCCUGCGCUCGAAACGGGUCCUUGCUAAGGCGGGUGGGCGCUCUCCUGACUUAGCUUUACCCCGAGACCACCUCCACCCGUCAACUAAUGUCAUGCCCAUUUUUUUUUUGUUUUGUUUUGUUAGCGCCCAUGUCCAGGGACCGUGUGUGACUGCGUCAUUAAGAGUGCGAGCCCUCUUUUGAAGUGUUCUGCUGCAAUUUCGGCAGAUUUUCAAGUCGUACUCACAUGAGGCACAUUCAAACUGUGCUUGAGCCCAAUUGACACCUUCAAUCCCAAACCUUUGACAAGUGCUCAGAUGUAUAAUGGUGUUAUGUAGGCGCACUUCGGCAGACUCCUCUCUCUUUUGGCCCGCUACAGGAAGUGAUGUAGGCGUGGCCUGUAAUUACUGUCAUGGCACCACAGGGAGAACCUUACCUAAUAGAAAUCAAUAUGAAUACUCGGUAUAAUACGCAAAGACCAAAAAGUCCACGGACCGCUCAGCUACGCAUGUAAUUUACGCGUCAUUAAUGAACUCCGAGUGCUCUGCAUUGCAAGCGGUUUUAGAGUAGUUUGACGGAUCUUUCUAGACCCGCAGAAUAUUGUGUUCUGUGAAAAUAAAAGCACCAAACCGAGAGAGGGAGUUUGCGUGCCUCUUUAACCAUUGGGGUAGGGGUUGUUUCUAUUUUUUUCCAUUUGUUUGUAAUCAACAGUAGGACAUGGGUUGGUUUCCCCCCCAAAAUGGGCAGGGAGGGGUGAGCUUUUUGUGAAAUACGUGUCAACCAGAAAGCAGUGAAUUUGAUGGUUAUUUUUUGCUGUUUUGACAUCCUCAAACUGUAGAAUAAAAAGACUAAAAAGGGCUUUUGACAGUUUAAAAAAAAACGGAGCUCUACAACUAAGAAUUGAACAUCAGUGUCUUUUUUUUACAUGCCGUUUAUCAUCUCUCCCAUGACCUGGCAACAAAUACUCUUUUAACAUCAUCGCCUCAAGUGUGGGGUGUCUAAACACUUGCGGCUCGCAUCACGUGGACAUUUCUCGCUGUCAUACUCAAUGUGACAGGCUAGGAUUCACCCCCUAAUCUCUGUCUUCUACUCCAAAACUGUGCUGAUAUCAAAUCCCAAGCAACGCUCCCAUCUACAGGCAUCUGUCGGUCAUUACACUGGUUUACAAACCAGAAUUUCACAGAUGAGCUGAGCGAGUCUCCCUUUCACGCCUACUCGUUGAAAAAUGUACUUGACAAUACUGUACAUGUAAGAACACAUUUUCAUCCAUUUGACGAAAAUAAACGUCUUGCGUCAGUGAGCGAAUUAAUGAAAUCGCUCGACUCUGUCAUGAUGACACAACAACAACAACAAAAAAACAAACACCAUAGACACGGUUGGAAUGGCCUCACGCGAGUACGGCCUUCGAAGGAUGAGCCGAAGCGUGUGUGUGUGUAGAUGUCAAACGUUUUGGACGAGGAUCGCCGACGAACUAAAGGAAGACUUUUGAGGUUGUGCUGUUUGUCAUAAGUGUACUUCUGGGGUCGCUCGCAUUUUCAUGUGUCAUUUUAUACUGUAACGCAAACGUAACUUAACUGGGGACAGGAAAGCUAAUUGUUUAUGUGUGGGAACAACUGCCAUCUAAGUGAGCUAUGAAAAGCCUUUUGAGCGUUUAUUCUAUAUCCUUCAUAUCCAGCUUCGUUUUAUGACCUAGUAGGCAGUUUGUCAUAACUAGUAUUCUGCGCACAAGGCGAUAAUCUAUAUAUUUUUUGCCCACUACUAGUCACACUUGAAAUCAAACAUAUUUAGUAAAUUCUGUUUCGUAUCCUUGAAACCACCUUGAGGUCUAUGUACUAGUACUACUACUUUGCCCUCACUAGUAAAACAAUUCCGUGUACUAUUAGUAUAACUGUCUUACUAGUCUCCCCCCUGCCACUAGUGCUACUUUUGGCUGACUAAUACAACUUCAAGACGGGUAUGAAGGAUGCCAAAUAACUCACUUGUGUUAUAGUUUUGUUGUAACGUAACAUUUUUCUACUAGUAAGGACAAAGAGGCUACUAGUACAUUGAUCUUAAGCUGGAUAUCAAGUAUGUGGAAUGAAUUUUCAAAAGGCUUUUCAUGUGAUGGCUGCAUUAACAGCAAAACAAUGCAGGGUGUUUUUUUUCUGUUUGUUUUUUCCUUCACCCUGUUUUAACCUCACACAGCAAAACGACGGACUACAUGUUUUCUCAGCUACUUUCCGCUGUUUGUUUGACAUUUUGAUUUGGUUUCUGUGCGUUUGUUAAAGAGGAAAAAAAAACAUUUGCCAGCUGUCAGUGAGGCAAGGACUAGAAGCAUAGGCAACCACCUGUUAUUUCAAGCAGUGGCAAAAAGAAAAAAAGUAUUGUCUGGCAUUUUUGUUUUGUUUUUUUGGGGGAUGGAAGGACUGGUUGCAAAGGCAACAUUCAGGGGUAUCAGUAGUGAAUGUAAAAUUAUUAGUUUCUUUUUUUUCUCUUAUUUUUCACAGUUGGCAAGCUGUGACUGAAGGUCUAGACAACAGAACACAACCGAUUAAUAAAUUUCAAAAAAAUG